AUGGCAGAAGAAACUAUUGAUUGUGCCAUCUCGUACGCGUUAGAUGUUCUUGGUUUGAAGUUUGAACUAAAAGAUUACCAAAGGCAGUGUCUUUCAAGUCUUCUUAAUUGUGGAUUGCGAGAUAUUUUUUGUACUCAACCAACUGGUUCAGGUAAAAGUUUAAUUUACCAGUUGUUCCCGUUUGCUUUGGAUUUUUGUCAAGCUCGUAAAAUCGAAAGAGAUCCUAAAGGUAUAAAAACGAAUAACAUCGUCCUUAUUGUUUCUCCUCUGAUCUCUUUGAUGAAAGAUCAGAUAGCCAAACUUGAGCAUUUCGGUAUCACCGCCAUCAAUUUGGCUGAAGCGAAGGAUGCUCUAACCAAACAACAACUAUUGAACGGCGAGUUUACUUAUAUAUUUGGCAGUCCAGAGGCGUUUCUUUCGACCGAAUCGAGGCAGAUGUUAAAGUCAAAGAUGUAUAAAGAUAAUGUUGUUGGAGUAUUCAUUGACGAGAGUCACUGCGUGGCUAAAUGGUUAGUGCAAAAAUUAUGUUUUACCAAAACUGUCAAUUAGACAGCAUGCAAAAAGUUUCAUAUUUAUUGGUAUUGUAAUGCUGGUGUUGAGUAAAAAUAUAAACAAUUGAUAAAAAACAAUUACAUGAACCUUUAAUAUUAAAUAACUAUUAAAGCAAUAAUUAGCUCCUUUGGCAUUUUAAAUUGUCUAGCAUUAGAUGAAAUUAGAACAACAAUUCCAUUUGGCUAUACAUAAUUUAUGAUUAAUGGCAGAUUGUUCAGUGCCAUCCACAUGAAGGGGCAAUAUAAGGGCCUGUUCAUAUGGGGAAAAGUUAUUCUGGUUAGCAAGGAAACUUUUUGGCAAACUUGCAAGGGAGAUCUCUUCUUAUUAUGAACAGGGGCGGUGCUAACCCUCUUCCAGUGGGGGGUGUGAGUGAUCUUUUGCCGACUGUUGUUUGGUAAUUUUGCCGAGUCAUUAGCCUAUAGUGAGGGUCCUGAAGGGGGGGGGGGGGUCCCAAUCCCAUUUUCCACCUGAAAUUUUGGCAAAAUCCCAGUCCCAGUUGGAUUUUUAUUAGAAAUCCCAGUCCGAGUUAUUGAAAUCCCAGUCAAUAAAAAACCCUUUAUUUAUCGGUAGAAUAAACAGUUUUAAGACCUUUUAAGCCACCGUGUGUGCAAGUGGCGGACAUUUUAUGAAAUAUUGGGGGGGAGGCUCGUGCCGAAGGCACGGAAAUUUUUUAAAUUUGAAUCCCGGAAAUGGCAUUUGCAUCAUUCUGAGACACGCAUAAUCAGAAAACCCCAAAUUCCUGUCGGCAUCCAUUUUGCAGCCCUCGAAAAGUCAAAAUCUCAGCAUUUCUUAAAAUCUGUUCCACGUCUUGGAGCACUAUUAAUCACGCAUUUAAUUUACGAAUCAUUGAAAUCGGAAUAUAACUGGAACGUUACCUCCAGCCGGAAAAUUCGAAAGUUGGAGCCAAAUUUUAACUCCAGACGCGCGAAAUUUGAUCUUCAAACAUCUAACGUAUAUACACAAUACACAAUACCCGUCAGUUUUUAAACCUUACACCGUAAAAAAUUUGCAUUGCUGCAUGUGUGGUUUCUUUGAUGCAUGCUAUUCGUGAUAUUCGGUUUGAAUUCAAUUAUUCAGGAGGUCAAUUUUGGUUUCUUCAGUGGUUAUCUUUAGCCAAUCCAGUUUUGCCGACUGAGAUAACAAUUUGCCGAUUAGCUGACGAGUGGGGGGUGUUCCACCCCCCCACACACCCCCUGUAGCGCCGCCCCUGAUUAUGAAAACAAUAUGAAAGUGACACUGCGUUCAUAUGAGACUAAAAGUUUUCCCAUGUACCGAGAUCUUGCUUGUUGACAGACGAGAUCUCGGUGACCAGGAUAAUGUUUUUCCCAUAUGAACACAAUUUUGCCAGAUUAUGAUGUACAGUACAAUUUCUAUGGGGAUAAAGCUCCCUAUCACCUAAUUAGCACCAAACAAUGGAAAUCAUGAGGAACCCAAGUUAUAUAUUGCCCAAAGCAGGACCUACUUUUUUUUCGAGUGGCCAUACAUUUUAAUACCCAUAUUUAAUAUAUUUGUAGAAAUUCUUUUUAUUUUUUUAAAUAUAAGAUAUUUGUAAAAAACAGUGUUAUUUGUUUUUUAUUAACAGGGGUAUAAAUACAAAGUCAAGCUAUGCAUUCCGAGAAUGUUAUGGUAAAUUAUCCGAGAUGCGUUCUUUACUUAGUCCAGUUCCAUUUGUGGCCCUCACUGCUACAGCAUCAAAGCAAGUUGAAGGUGUAAUAACAAAAUCCUUGUCAAUGAUUAAUUAUGAGUAUAUUGGAAGAUGUCCAGACAGAAACAAUAUUAGAUAUGCAGUAAUGAAAGUUAAAUGUAAAAAUGUGAAAGAAAAUUUUAAAUGGUUGAUAAAUGAACUAAAAGAGCAUGGACAGAAAUCAACAAAGUACAUUGUGUUUUGCAGAAACCACAAAACUGUUAACAAAUGUUAUUCUACAUUGUUAAAUGCAUUAAAGGAGAAAGCUCACAUUAAUACAGAAGAUGGGAAAAGGAACUUUCAAACUAGACUCAUUGCAAUGUUCCAUAGUAACACAGAUCAACAAGUCAAAGAUUUUGUUAUGAAAUCAUUUUCCUGCAAUGAUGGCAUAGUUCGUGUCAUUUUUGCUACCAUUGCAUUUGGAAUGGGGGUUGAUUGUAAGGGUUUAACAACUGUGAUACAUUAUGGGCCAUCAAAUGACAUUGAUGAUUAUUUUCAGGAAAGUGGUCGUGCUGGGCGUGGGAUCACAAAUGUAUGCCAUGCACUUCUUUUAUUGUAUCCAGGCUGUCUGUCAAGUAAACUGAUAAGCUUGGAGAUGAAACAGUAUUGUAAGAACCAAACAGUCUGUCGACGCAGUUUGUUGUUGAGAAAUUAUGGUGGUACCGUUGACAAUCACCAAAUAUCAAGGAUGGAUUGUUGUGACAUUUGUGGAAAUGAAAUUUGUCAUGACAAAGAUGAGAGUCCAGCAAACUUAGAAAAAAGUAAAGCAGAGAUUUAUUUUGAAAACAUAGGUAUUGACUCAAAGAAUGCCAUAACAGCCACAAAACUGUCUGUAGAAUCCGAAGAUCUUGUAAGGCAAGAAAUAACAAUAAUGAAAGACGAUUUUUUGGCAAAGAAUUUGGAUGCUACAGAUGAAGAUAUUUCAUUUGGGUUUCCUAAGAAAGUAAUUGAAGAUGUAAUAUUAAAUUUUGCUUCUAUUACUAGCAUUGAUGCAGUUUGGGAGUAUACCUCAGUGUUUGAUUGGAAUAUUUGCCAGAGUAUUUAUGAAAAAGUUCAAGAGCUUCGUAACUUAAUCGAGUAUUGUGCAAUAGAAACUGUGCAUCCAUCUAAGUUUGAUGCAGACCAAAGUGACACUGAAAAUCAUGAAUGUUUGAGCAAUGAUGGUAAUAAUGAUAGUUCAAGUGCAAGCGAUGACAGCGACCUUGAUGUAGAUAAUAUCGAUUAUAGUAUUCCAUCAGAUUCAGAAAGUGAUAGUGAAUAA